CUAUAACUCUUCGACAUCAUCAUUUCUCAUUAGUACCCACUAAUUAUUUUUUCUCUGUUUUUUCAUAAUUAAUUCUUCUUUAAUUUACAUGUUUCAACAAUGGCAGCUGAAGCCAAGAAAAUCCUCUUCGGGAAAUACGAAAUGGGAGCCCUUCUCGGCCGCGGCGCCUUCGCCAAAGUGUACCUCGGCCGCCGCCUCCCGCCGGCCGCUGAGGAGACGGUGGCGAUCAAGGUGAUCAAGAAAGACGAAGCGAUCAAGAGCGAGAAAAUGAUGGAGCAAAUCACGCGCGAGAUCGCCGUGAUGCGGCGCGUGCGCCACCCCAACGUCGUCGAGCUCAAGGAGGUGAUGGCCACCAGGUCCAAGAUCUUCAUCGUCAUGGAGUACGCCGCCGGCGGCGCGCUCCUCUCCUCGGUGCCGCGCGGCCGCCGCCUCGACGAGGCCGCCGCGCGCCGCUACUUCCAGCAGCUCGUCGGCGCCGUCGACUUCUGCCACAGCCGCGGCGUCUUCCACCGCGACAUCAAGCCGGAGAACCUCCUCCUCGGCGCCGACGGCCGCCUCAAGAUCUCCGACUUCGGCCUCUCGGCGCUCUACGAUAAUUCCGGCGCCGACGGCGGCGGCCUCCUCCACACCCGGUGCGGCACCCCGGCCUACGCGGCGCCGGAGGUGCUCCGGACCAAGGGCUACGACGGCACCAAGGCGGAUAUAUGGUCGUGCGGCGUCGUUUUGUACGUCCUCCUCGCCGGAUUCCUCCCCUUCGACGACCGGAAUCUCACCGUCAUGUUCAAGAAGGCGAUUAGGUCACAAUACUCAUUUCCGCCGUGGUUCUCCACCGAAGCGAAGCGUUUGGUGAUGAAAUUGUUGGAUCCGAAUCCGGGUAAACGGAUCUCGAUUUCGGGUAUUAUGCGGGUCGCAUGGUUCAAAAGGGGUUUGCAAAACCCUAAUUCUAUCUCCAUGCUAGAAUUUACUAUGCUUGAUGAUGAAACUGAGGUUACGAUGAUCAAGAAAUCCCCCUCUUCUCCGGCGAUGUUGAAUGCGUUUCAGUUGAUUUCAUCGAUGCCGACCGGCCGUCUCGACCUCUCGGACACUUUGGUGGCGAGCCAUCGGAGAGGGGACUUCACAUUUACCUCUAGGCGUUCGGCUAAGGUGACGCUAGGGAAAAUUGAGAUGGUUGGGAAGAAAUUAGGGUUUAGGGUUGCGAGGUUGAAGGACUUAAAGUUGAUGUUGUUGGGGGCGGUGGAGGGCCGGAAGGGGCGGCUCUCGGUCACGGCGGAGGUGUUCAAGGUGGCGCCGGAGGUGACAGUGGUCGAGUUUACGAAAGUUUCCGGCGACACUUUGGAGUGUGUUAGGUUUCGUGAAGAUGAUAUUAGGCCGGGGUUGAAGGAUAUAGUUUGGACAUGGCAAGGGGAUAGUAGUUUCAAGUGUUGCGAUCAAAUUAGUGCUCAAGAAAUGGUCUAAGUAUAAUUAUUUUAUAUUUUAUUCAUAUAUUUAUUAUGUUUUUAAUUCUUAUUCUAGUAUAUAUUGGAUUGUUUUUUUAUAUUGUAAGAUGGUUUGAUGGAUCAAAUAUUUGGAUCUAAUCUCAUACAUAUUUAUAAUUUAAUUUGAUGUUUAUAGUAUUUGGAUCA